AAGACACUCAUCUGGUGUCUGAGUCUGCAGGUGACGCCGCUUAGGUACGGAGCGCGGAGUCGGAGCAGGGACGCGCCGGGCUGCAGCCCUGGGAUGGAAGCCGCCUGCUUCGGAAGCUGCUCGCGGCUGCUCCGGCAGCGCCUCCGCUGAGCUCGGAGGUGCCAGUUAACACUUGCCUGGGGACGUGCACCUGCGGUACGGUGCGAGCUCGGGGGCAGGUCUGCAGGCAGCCGGGAGAGCCGUGGAGCCGGAGGAACUGUCUUCGCCCAAGUGCAAGGCAGUGAUUUUGGGAGAGAGACAGACAGAGGGCGGGUGAGUCUCUUCAGAGUUGGAAGGAAAGCAAGAUCUUGGGUGUCUUUUCCGUGGAGGGACAGGGGACUUCCCCAUCUGGGCUUGGCACUUUCCUUCCCUCUACACCCUCGUGCGCCCCGGCCUGGCGCCGAAGCCCCACUUCAGGCAUGCUUUGGGUGACGGGGACCCUGGCUGCUCAGCAGGAAGACAGCAGGCAAGUGGUCUAACGCCGGUGGCGGCGGCGGCGGCGGCGGCGGCAGCAGCAACCCCAGCAGCAAAGCGGGGAGCAAGAGAAUUUGAAAAGAGACAUCCGCUCCCUCUCACACGCUGAGGGAGAGGCAUUCGCGUUUCCCCAAAUGAGAAGGAGCCACAAGAGAUCAUGAAGUAAAAACUUUGGAAAGCUGCCACUGGAGAUGUUGCACAAAAACCUGGAAUGUUUUAGGAGUCUCCUCCCAGUCGGUGGAGGUUUGGGGAGCAGCUGAUACCGCAAGGAGGGCUCUUGCAAGGAUUCAAGUUCCAGGAGCCCUGGAGGAGCGGCACCGAGCGGGAGAGCGUGGCGAGAGAAUGAAGAAGCCAACCGGCCGGGAGAAGCAUGAGGUGGCAGUGCGGCACUCGGUUUAGAGGGCUCGGGCCGGCGGCGGCCCCAUGGGCAACCCUGCUGGCGCUGGGCCUCCCGGGCUGGGUGCUGGCGGUCUCGGCCACGGCCGCCGCGGCGCUCCCCGAGCAGCAUGCCUCCCCCGCCGGCCAGCCGCCCCUGGACUGGCUCCUCAGCGACCGCGGCCCGUUCCACCGCGCGCAGGAGUACGCAGACUUCGUGGAGCGCUUCCGGCAGGGCUUCACCACCAGGUACAGGAUCUACAGGGAGUUUGCCCGUUGGAAAGUAAACAACUUGGCUCUGGAAAGGAAGGACUUCUUCAGUUUGCCAUUGCCUCUCGCCCCAGAGUUUAUCCGGAACAUUCGCCUCCUUGGAAGGAGACCCAACCUACAGCAGGUCACUGAAAACCUGAUUAAAAAGUACGGCACUCAUUUCUUACUUUCUGCCACCCUUGGAGGAGAAGAGUCCCUGACCAUUUUUGUGGACAAGCGAAAACUGAGCCGCAAGGCAGAAACAGCAGGAAGCACUCCUGUCGUUGGGGGCAGUGGAAACAGUUCUGCCGUGUCCCUGGAGACCCUGCACCAGCUGGCAGCCUCCUACUUCAUCGACAGAGAGAGCACACUGAGGCGGCUGCACCAUAUCCAGAUAGCCACGGGGGCCAUCAAGGUCACGGAGACAAGGACUGGCCCUCUGGGCUGCAGCAACUACGACAACCUGGAUUCGGUCAGCUCUGUCCUGGUACAGAGUCCGGAGAACAAAGUGCAGUUACUGGGCCUGCAGGUGCUGCUGCCCGCGUACCUGCGUGAGCGCUUUGUGGCCGCGGCACUCAGCUAUAUCACGUGCAGCUCCGAGGGCGAGCUCGUCUGCAGGGGGAACGACUGUUGGUGCAAGUGCAGCCCCACCUUUCCGGAAUGCAACUGUCCCGACGCUGACAUCCAGGCCAUGGAGGAUAGCCUGCUACAGAUCCAGGACUCCUGGGUGACCCACAACCGGCAGUUUGAGGAGUCAGAGGAAUUCCAGACCCUGCUGAAAAGGCUGCCAGACGACAGGUUCCUGAACUCCACGGCCAUCUCGCAGUUCUGGGCCAUGGACACCAGCCUUCAGCACCGCUACCAGCAGCUGGGGGCCAGCCUGAAACUGCUGUUCAAGAAGACCCAUCGGAUCGUCCGCCGGCUCUUCAACCUGUGUAAGCGCUGCCCCCGGCAGCCUCGCUUCCGCCUGCCCAAGGAGAGGUCCUUGUCCUAUUGGUGGAACCGAGUCCAGUCGCUCCUCUACUGUGCAGAGAGCACCCUUCCCGGCACCUUCCUGGAGCAGAGCCAUAGCUGCACCUGCCCCUACGACCAGUCUUCCUGCCAGGGCCCCAUCCCGUGUGCCGUGGGGGAGGGGCCCGCCUGCGCCCACUGCGCUCCGGACAACAGCACGCGCUGCGGGGGCUGCAACCCGGGCUACGUGCUGGCGCAGGGCUCGUGCCGGCCAGAGGUGGCCGAGUCCCUGGAGAACUUCCUGGGGCUGGAGACGGACUUGCAGGACCUAGAGCUGAAGUACCUGCUGCAGAAGCGGGACAGCCGCAUCGAGGUGCACUCCAUCUUCAUCAGCAACGACAUGCGCCUGGGCAGCUGGUUCGACCCCUCGUGGAGGAAACGCAUGCUUCUCACGCUCAAGAGCAACAAGUACCAGCCGGGGCUGGUGCACGUGAUGCUGGCGCUGUCCCUGCAGAUCUGCCUCACCAAGAACAGCACCCUGGAGCCGGUCAUGGCCGUCUACGUCAACCCGUUCGGGGGCAGCCACUCUGAGAGCUGGUUCAUGCCCGUGAGUGAGGGCAGCUUCCCCGACUGGGAGAGGACUAAUGUGGACGCAGCCGCCCAGUGCCAAAACUGGACUAUCACCCUGGGGAACAGGUGGAAGACCUUCUUCGAGACAGUCCAUGUUUACCUGCGGAGCCGGAUCAAGUCCCUGGAUGACAGCUCCAACGAGACAAUCUACUACGAGCCCCUGGAGAUGACCGACCCCUCCAAGAACUUAGGAUACAUGAAAAUCAACACCUUGCAGGUCUUUGGCUACAGCCUCCCCUUUGACCCGGACGCCAUCCGGGACUUAAUUCUCCAGCUGGACUACCCGUACACUCAAGGUUCCCAGGACUCUGCCCUCUUGCAGCUCAUAGAGCUCAGGGACCGGGUAAACCAGCUUUCCCCACCCGGCAAAGUCCGGCUCGACCUUUUCUCCUGCUUGCUCCGGCACCGGCUCAAGCUGGCCAACAACGAGGUGGGCAGGAUCCAGUCCUCCCUGAGGGCUUUCAAUUCCAAGCUGCCAAACCCCGUGGAGUACGAGACAGGCAAACUCUGUAGCUAAUGGGGGCCCCACUCCAGGGCUGGGGAGGGAGGUAGUCCAGGGUGAUCCACCGAUCCCGGGGCACAGAGAUCAUCCGAGCCCUCACCUUAGUGCCAACAGGGUUCUCCCUUGGGACUUGCAGCACCCAGCUGUCGGGACCUCAGGGCUUGGCCUGAAGCAGGCAGGAGAGAAAGAAACAGCCACUGCACACACGCACACACUCACCAUGUGCGUGCGCACGCGUGCACACACACGCAUACAUGCUCACUCACACAGGGAGGCUACAAUUCAGCAGCCUCAAAUCUGUAAAGUCGGUGCUUUCGAAUGAUGCAGUUGAAGCAGAGGAGCCAAGGGAGAGAUUAAGCAAAAGAACCAGCCAAACCAUGAAAAAAUAAAUCCUGAAAAGUGAUUCUUAUCAUUCAAGGAAGCAAGAGGGGGCACAGCGGUAGGAAAUAGAGCAGCUCCUCCUCCCCCUCCGUGGAGUCACUUUUGUAUUCUUUUUAACCUGAUUUCUUAAAAUGGCAUUGUUUCGUGAUGACCCAUGUUGGUUCUUACUUUUUGUAUGCUGCCUUGUCUGUGCCCUCCCAGACACUGACUGCUUCUCAAGCCGGCGCCCCCGGGAAACUCAAGGGGACACUGACAGGACCGCGCGGGCAGGCAGGCAGCCUUGCUCUGCGCCCCCCUCCUCCUCCCUCGGCCCCCUUGCUUCCUCGGCCUCACCACUUUGCUCCCUGUCCCCCUCGUGGUCCAGCCGGAGCUCCUCUUGCAACAGCACCCAUUCCGCCCAAGAAAGCAGCUCCGUCAAGUUAGAAAGAGACGAUGUAUAGGGAAGUGUUCUUUUUUAAAAACAAAACAAAACAAAACAAAAAUAUUUAUUUUGUGAUUGUUUUCUUUGUCAAUCUGCUCCAGCCACAUGAACAUAUGAGUAAAAGUUUACCUGGUUUAAUAUA